AAAAGUUAAAGGUAUGUACCAAAGCUCUAAAAGUAUUUCCAAAUUUCCCUCUUCUUUAUUUAGUAGAAAUUCCUAAAGAUAACCUUACUUUACAGACUUAUUUUUAAAUUUAAUAAAUUUGGGAAUUUUAUUUACAGAAAAACCGAAAUCACAAUCUAAAGAGGUGUUUUUUGGAUAAAAUGACACCUGAACAAAAAGUAAAAGCCGAUGAACUGCUUAGCCGGGCUAUCUAUUCAAGUCAAGCACCACUGGCUUUAGUAGAAAAUAUACAGUGGCAGAAGUUGUUUAAAUUUCUCAGACCUGCUUAUCAGAUACCAACCCGACACCUUGUAUCAGGCCCACUAUUAGACAGUGAGCACCUACGUGUAAAGGCUAUGGUUUCGGAAAACAUUGCUGGAGCACAUUCUGUUGGACUAAUGGUGGAUGGAUGGUCCAAUAUUAGGAACGAGGCUGUCCCAAACUUUGUUGUAACAACUCCAAAGCCAUUCCUUUUUAAAAUUAUGCCCACAGGCACUGCACCUCAUACUGCAGAAUAUAUGGCAAAAACCCUUGGUGCAGUAAUACGUGAAAUCGGUCCCCGAAAGGUAUUUGGUAUAGUCACAGACAAUGCAGCAAACAUGAAAGCUGCUUGGGCCUUGAUUGAAAAUGAAAAGGAAAAACAAAACGAAUUAAAAAUAAGUUGCAGUCUUAAACUCCCAGUGCCUACCAGAUGGGGAUCAUUAGUUCUUUGUCUACAAUCAUUGCUUGUUAACAAACAAAUAAUAAAAAGGAUGGCUAUCAAUGAAGAAGUUGAAAAGGCAGUAAGCAAACACCCAUCUUAAAAAAAAAUGCUCUAAGCGAUAUAUUUUGGGACCGGGUACAAGGAUACAUUAUGCUUCUGGAACCAAUUGCUAACACAAUUACCUCUGUAGAAGGUGACACACCAACGAUUUCAAAAUGUCUGCAUUUAUUUAAAAAAAUGGUUAACACCUCAUUAGAAAAUGUCAUAAAAGUCCAUUGUUAUCCAAAGAGGAAGCAGAUACAAGGGCAAUUUUUGAAAAUCGGAAGAAGUUUGCUAUUUAUAGUGUUCAUUUUGUAGCUAACCUUUUGGAUCCAAAAUAUCGUGGCUGCGAACUUAGCUCAGAUGAGAUGGUAAAUUUUUUUAGGUUAUAGUGGGUUUUAUUUAUAUUUAUAUUAAUUUUUUUAUUUAAUGUAGACUGAUGCGACAGAAGUCAUAUACAAGGUAGCACAGAAGA